AUGCCUCCCGUUGGACGGCGGCGGAGUAGGGACGGUAGAACUGGUCUCAGUGCAUCGCACCUAGCCUCAACACACCUCCCCUCUUCCACUCGAUCUUGGCUCCUCACGACGACGCUCCUCCUGGUGCUCAUGGUCCUGUCGGCGUCGGCCUCUGCCUCCUCCUCCCCACCCCGCCCACGACCCUUCUCCGUCCUCAAACGCAAUCCCACCUAUGCGCCUCUCUCCGCCUCUCACCUCUCCGCCUUCUCGACCCUGACGGACCUGAACGAGAUCCUCGAUUUCACCAACCCUUCCUCGGCGUUGAGCAAGCUCCUCGUUCCGCGAGCCGCCGGAUCGGCGAACUUGACGACCUUACAGACCUACCUCGUCGACUUCUUCACCGACUUGGGUUGGCACGUCGAACAGGAUCGUUUCACUGCCAGGACACCGAUCGGGGAGAAGAGCUUCCACAACCUCAUCAUGACCCACGACCCCGAAGCGACGAGGCGCUUCGUCUUUGCUGCUCAUCUGGACUCGAAAUACUUCCCCACCCAUCCAGAGGAUCAAUUCAUUGGAGCAACGGAUUCGGCUGCGCCUUGCGCGAUGUUGAUGGACCUCGCCAAGUCGUUGACACCUUGGUUGGAGCUACGCAAGAAACGUAUCCUCGCCCAAGGUGGGGAAGAUGGUCGGUCAACCCAAGCCGAGACGUUGCAGAUCAUCUUCUUCGAUGGCGAAGAAGCCUUCGUCGAUUGGACGGAUGAGGAUUCGAUUUAUGGCGCGAAGCAUCUGGCGAAGCAAUGGUCCCAACCGAGCACACGACCUUCGGCGAUCGAGAACGUUCCUCGCACGGAGAUGCAGAGAAUAUCCCAUUUCGUCCUCUUGGACCUGCUAGGCGCUCUCAAUCCAUACUGUCGAUCCUUUUAUGGUCCGACAGGGUGGUUGUACGACGAGUUUGCGAACGUCGAGACCAAGUUGGGACAAGCGGGGAUCUUGUGGCCGGGACAUAAGGGGAAAGCAUAUACCAAGGUCGCGAUGGCGCAGGAGGAAGGGAAUCCGAUGAAGAGCUUCUUCAUGCCAAGAUCGACGUUCGGGUUCAUGGGCAAAGGUUAGUCACCCCUUGGCCCGAGCCUACAAAAUCUCAAUACAACACUCACCGUUUGGUCCUUUCCAACAGUCGAAGACGACCACAUCCCCUUCCUCGAAGCCGGUGUGCCCGUAGUCCACAUGAUCUCCGUCCCUUUCCCCACCGUAUGGCACACCAUGCUCGACAACGCCGACGCCCUUCAUCUACCCACGAUCAAAGCAUGGGCGUUGAUUAUUCGUCUAGUCACCGUGGAGUAUUUGGGUUUGGACCCCGAGGGGGGUACGACGACUGUGAAGGGGAGAAAGGGGGAGGUCAAUGUGGAGGAUAAGGCGAAACGGAGGAAUGAGUUGGUGAGUUGCGUCCGAAGUGAUUUGGGUGUUCGAGGCGGGCGCAUACUGAUUGACAUGGUCUCUUUCCCUCGGAUGCCGUUGACACCUGGUCCUGCAAGUACAGUAG